UGUCCAGAGUCUAACAAAAAAUGCCACCUGUGGACCAUCGUGGACCUGGGUUUCUUCAUCCUGAUGGGGGUCGGUGGGGGCCUCUUAGGGGCCACCUUCAACUGCAUCAACAAGAGGCUGGCAAAAUAUCGCAUGAGGAACGUGCACCCCAAGCCAAAGCUGGUCAGAGUCCUGGAGAGCCUGUUGGUGUGUCUGACAACCACGCUUGUGAUAUUUGUUGCUUCGAUGCUUCUCGGGGAAUGCCGGCCACUCUCUUCCGCUGACCACGGGGACAACAGCUCCGCCCUCAGCCUGCAGGAUUCUUCAUCGGAGGAGGUUAAUUCAAGCAUCAAGACAUUCUUCUGUCAUAAUAAUACUUACAACGACAUGGCAACCCUGUUCUUCAACCCGCAAGAGUCGGCCAUCUUACAACUGUUUCAUCAGGAGGGACCGCCACAGCCAGGCCUCCCACACCCAGGAGGCGGCGAGGCUCGUCGUGCUGGUGCAGCCGCUCCUGCGCGCAACAACACACCACACCACGCGGUGCCCUGCGAGCAGCUGCAACGACGCAAUGAACCUCACGGCUUUCUGUCACAAGUGGCUGUGACCAGGGCCAUGAGUCACGCGGUGUCUAGCUGCGAGCGGCCGCAGAAGAUGUCAGGCAACCGCACA